AUGCUGCUUGGUGCCAUUCUCAAGAAUGGUGAAAAACUUGUGGGAUUUGCCCGAAAUGACGCCUCAGACCUCCUGUUUUCUGAGUCGCUUGGAAUUUCCAUGUCUCGGCAAGCCCGAAAUGUUUUACUCGGGCCUCUGAUCCUUCCAGCGAGUCAAUGGCAUCGGCUUCAGGUCGGUCUUGAAUCCUGGCUUAAGAGACCCUCAGACAGUGUGCAAGGACACAAAAGCAGUUGGAGCCCGAACUAUAUCUCACAAGAAAAUAAAUACGGUAUGACCCGAUGA